CCGAGGAAGGUUUUAAUCUAAGUCCCAGGUCCGGCAAACCAGAACACUACCACGAUUUACUGGCGCCGGACGCCACUCUCCGAGGAAUUAUACCAUCUACCUGAAUUGGUUACAAAUCCAAACAGAGAAGAUGACAAGAACCCCCCUCCUUCUGUCCGCUGUGGUCGUCAACGCUUUCGUGGUGCUGGUCAUCGCGACGCAAUCAGUGGUCAAGCUUGCUGACGACGAUCAACUAGAAACUCUGCUUGCAACGGACAAUCUGAUUCAAUUCCGCAAGGGCCAUCGAACACGAACAUACCAUGCAAGUGUAAAUACAUCUGUCAGAGAUCCAAGGCUACCCGACACCUCCAGGGCGAGGACGCUCACUCAUGCGCCAAGUCGACUGAUACACGAAGAACUCGAUUUUGAGUUCGAAGACUUCCUGUUGCCCACAGAACACGAUCUUCGCCUCCACAGGCGCAAGCGUCAGGUUAUAACAGAGGAGGGGGGUUCCGGAACUCUGGAUGCAGGAGUUGACACCAAGAUUGUUCUUGAUGUAGCGUUCAGCUCUGGUAUUUCGCCUACAAUCAAGAGUGACGCAGAGACACUGGUGAAAGCCGAGUUUGAUGAACAAGGUGUUGACUAUUCUACAGUCACUGCCGUCGUGUCUGACAAUGGCAACAGCGAGACCAGCGUGGUGUUCACAACUAAAUUCAACUCCGUCAACAAUCGGGUUCUCGUGGCCUACGUCUUCAAGAACUUUAUCUCUGGAUUUAACAUUGGUGCCUACACCCAGACACGAUCACCAACAGUGUGGAACGCGAACAACAUAGAGAAGACCGUAACAUGUUUCCUCUGCCCGUCGACAAGACCCUGUGGAUCAGGGACAUCUUGUCAGGCCAUUUCAACCGCAUCCAGCACAGAUUUAUUUCCCUGGGGAUUCUCCACCAUUGACAAUAAGCUGUCACGAGGUAUCGACGCCAACUCCGAAAGUCGUUUCAUCCGAUCUGGUUUCACCUUCAACACAGCAUCCAAGUCUUACUACUCGGUGGGCGAUAACGGCAUCCUGAGCUUCGGAACAACCCUCAGCGACCCUGCUUAUAACCCCUCUGACUUGGCCAGCAUCGACACCCAACCUGAGGACUUCAUAUGUGUAUUCUGCGCUGACGCCAACCAUCUCUAUGCUGGCACUUCCGCUGAGGUAUUUUACGGCGAAUAUCAGGUCGGCGAUGCAGGAGCCUUUGAAAUCCUUGGGAGAGCGACAAAUGAGGUUCAGGUUGUCGACCCAACGUUUGAGGCGAUGUGGGUCGCCGUAAUCACGUGGUUCGAUGUUCCCUACUUUGAGAGGACAGACAAAACCACCCCAUCAACUCUGCGCAACACAUUCCAAGCCGUUCUGAUCUCUGACGGAAUUGAUUCCUACGUACUCAUCAACUACAAAGACAUGGCAUGGCCCCAGAGCUUCUUGGAUCGUUCUGUCAUUGGUUAUAAGCAUUUAACUGCUGGAAUUCUAAUAAACUACAAGCAAUACAAGACAGAUGGCGACCAAAGGGAAUCUGUUCCCAUGGAUCUAAUCACUGGAAAUACAGGACAAAAUGGCGUGUUUCUUCUGAAAGUUGGAGAACUGGCAGUAGUCGAAGCGUCGAGACAAGCCGCCUUUGAUUGCGGGUCCUGGUACACUACAAACUACCUUUUAAUGUCGGAGUUUCGCCAAUCUCUCGCGAAAAUGGUCUCCUGUCCAUGUGCUGAAGCUCACAUAAAGAAUUACAAGAGUUUCGACGGCCCAACAACCGUAGGAAGUCUGCAAUGCUACGAACUCAUCAAGAACAAGAACAAGCUUGACACACAGCAAUGUUGCUACAGCAAUGAAGUCCUUGACGAAGCUACGAGUCACUACCUCCGCUUCAGAAGCUCAGACAGCGCUCACCAGACUCAGGACAUCGACCCUUACGAUAACUGCUGUGUCCAGAACAGCAUGUGUCAGCUCUUCAGAGACAUGAGGCCUGGAGGAGUUUGUGACACCACCUCCUCAGUAUCUGAAGCCAACGCUGCAGGCGAUCCCCACAUAACCACCUUGGAUGGUUUUGAAUAUUCCUUCAACGGGUACGGCGAAUACCUAUUGUCCGAAAUUACUAACGGAAACUUCACAAUGGUGCUCCAGUGUCGUACGGUCCCGGCUAAAACCCAAACAGGAGACGACUCAAAAGCGACAAUUUUCCAGGGUUUUGGUGUCUCGGAGACAACUGUCGGAGCUUCAUAUCCCGCCAUUUUCUUUGUGGAGAUGAACGUCGACCGUACAAAAAUGAUUAUCUUUGCUAACGGGACUGAUAUCUCGGCACAAUUCGACGAGACGGAUAAUUACAAGAAAGAUUGUGCCUCCCUGGUGGUCAGGAAGGAGGCGGUUAACAAAGUCAGCUUCUACUUCACAGAGUCGGGAAUCUCAAUUGCGAUUAGUAUAAACGCUCAAACCCUAUCCAUCGAGACCAACAUAAACACUUUGUAUAGGGGCCUGGCUAAAGGCUUAAUGGGCAAUUUUGAUCUUGACCAGACAAACGAUCUGGUGAAGAAAACAGGGGAGACAAUUCCAUCGACGUCAACUGAAAGACAGAUCUUUGAAAUGGGGCAAACAUGGCGUGUAACUGAAGCAGAAAGUGUCAUGAGAUACGAAGCAGGCUUAACAUACGCCGCUGCGAACAAUCUGAGCUUUGUGCCAGUGUUCCUGGACGAGAUCGACAGUGCUACAAGGACUAAAGCUGAAGAGGUGUGUGGUGGCACUACCAACAAGCAGUGCAUCCUUGACUUCGCCGCCACCGGCAACCAGGCCCUCGCAGAGUCGACUAAAGCGUUGCAGGUAGCAGCCACGGCAGUGCGAGCCACCCUGGCCAACAGUGCCCCAAAGCUCACCGGCACGGCCCAGGUGAACGCGGAGGUAUCUAAAGCCUCAAGCCUGUCGUACUCCAGCACCGACGCCGAGGGAGAUACCGUCAGAUACGUUGUCGUUGGCACCACCCCCACGGGCCUGAAUCUAAAUGCGGAUAGCGGGGCCGUGGUCUGGACCCCUGCCUCCCUGGACCCUGUCCGGAUUGUUUUGGUAUCGGAGGAUGCUAAAGGUUUGGCUUCUAACCAGAUCGACGUGCAGAUUAACCUGUGUGGGGUCUGUAACAACGGCGGAACGUGCGACUUCACAAAUACCAGAUCUUCCACCACCGCCAAUUCGCCAGACACAUUUAAACUUGCUGCCUGCAAGUGCACAACAGGAUGGGGAGGAACUGAUUGCAACACCGACAAAAAUGGCUGCGAGACUAAGCCGUGUGGAUCUCUCCGAAGUUGCACUGACGUCACUCCCUCAGUUGAGGUGUCUUCCGGAAAGGCUUUCACUUGUGGACCAUGCCCAGCUGGUUACCAGAGCGAUGCCGCCAACGUCAAAUGUGAAGAUGAGAAUGAGUGCCAGAGAAGCUCAUCGCCAUGUCCCGCCAAUUCCAACUGCGCGAACACCGUCGGUAGCUUCACUUGUACGUGCAUCUCUGGCUACCGGAAGUUGACGGACGGAACAUGCGCAGAUAUUGAUGAGUGUGCGGACCGUUCUGACGGCUGUGAACAGAAAUGUGAAAACAUUGAUGCCAGCUACACCUGUAGUUGUCUGCCUGGCUUUAUUCUUAACUCCGACCAGAAGACCUGUGCACAGCAAACAGCGCCACCAAGCUGUUCGGCACAUGGCUGUGCCCACAUCUGCACUGAGGUGAACAGUGCCCCCACAUGCUUUUGUAGGCCAGGCUACAAACUCGCCGUUGACAACAAGGCCUGUGAAGAUAUCAACGAGUGCAACCUUAACCUAUGCUCUCAAACCUGCGUCAACAGUGAUGGUUCCUUCACCUGCUCUUGUGUUGAUGGCUUCAGCCUGGACGCCGAUAACAGAUCCUGCAGCAAAUGUAUACCUCCCAAGUGGGGACCCGAGUGCGGAAACACAUGCCAAUGUCAAGGCCGGGCUUCAGGGUGUGACUCUGUCAAGGGCUGCCAAUGUGUGUCGGGAUGGAGCGGCGUCAACUGCGUCACCAACGUCAACGAAUGUCAAGUAAACCCCAACAUCUGUGGCAGCAAGCAGAUAUGCGUGGACAACCAAGGAAGUUAUAUGUGCAACUGCCCAACUGGUUAUGCCAAGAAUGGAACCGACUGCAUCGAUAUCAAUGAGUGCGCGGCGACCGUCAACCCAUGCCCCGACAACUCGCAGUGCGUCAAUUUAGUGGGAUCCUACGUCUGCAACUGUCUCCUGGGAUACAAUAACGUUGCUGAAAAAUGCGAAGAUAUUAACGAGUGCAGCACGGGUCAGGCAGGAUGUGAUCAGGUGUGCAACAACGCCCCCAGCAGCUACAACUGUGGGUGCAACGACGGAUUCAUACUCAACGACGACAGAAAAACGUGCAGAAAAUUCGGAUCUGACCCUUGUCUUGGCCUAGGCGGAUGCCAAGACUUUUGUGUCAUUGAGAACGGCGCCCCAUCAUGCAGAUGUAACCGAGGUUAUAUUCUAGCCUCUAACAAUAUGGCGUGUGACGAUGUCAACGAAUGCGAAAUCAGCUCAAUGAACACGUGCACAGACAAUACCACGUGUAGAAACAUUCCCGGAGGAUUCAACUGCUCUUGUCUCGCGGGGCAGAAACUUCAAAACGACGAACGGUCAUGUAUAGCCUGCAACGACAACCACUGGGGUUUGAACUGCGCCAACGAGUGCGGCUGCGCUCCUCUGGGUACCGCUAGUUGUGACAAGACGAGCGGCUGUGUGUGUCACAGCGGCUGGACCGGGGACAAGUGUGACCAGGACAAGAACGAGUGCUCCACCGUCACCUGCCAGGCCAACUCCGACUGCCAGAACCUUCCAGGAUCUUACCAGUGUCGGUGCCGAUCUGGCUACUCCCUCUCUGCUGACAACACCACCUGUGACAACAUCAACGAAUGUGCAAACGCUGGUGAUAACGUAUGUACUCAAGACUGUACGGAUACUGACGGGGAUUACACCUGCUUAUGUAGAGCUGGCUUCGUGAUUGAAGGGAAAGGAAACUGCAACGAUAUUGAUGAAUGUACCCUUGGAACAAGCGGCUGCAGUCAGAAUUGCAGGAACACAAUCGGGAGUGUUUCGUGCGAAUGUUUUGAAGGCUACACCAUCGACCCAACCAACACGACCCUCUGCAUUCAGGGUCAAGGUGCUGUUUGUUCCGCUCCUAAAAACACCACCUGUCAGCAAAACUGUCGCCGUCAGAAUGGCACCGACACGUGCUUCUGCAACCCGGGCUAUAUCCUCAACGCAGACGGCCUGAAUUGUGACGAUAUCAAGGAAUGUGACGAAACCCCCCAACGCUGCAGCCAGAACUGUGCCGAACUUCAGGGAUCAUUCAGCUGCUCUUGUAACGAUGGCUACACCCUUGCUGCCGACAAAUCAUCGUGCACUGCUUGUGUCGCGGGCACGUAUGGCGCCAACUGUGCACAGAACUGCAGCUGUGACGCCGCCAACUCCAUCAGCUGUAACGCAACUGACGGCAGCUGUACUUGUAGGACUGGAUGGAAAGGAACGACGUGCACGGAUGACGUAGCAGAAUGUACAGACACCCCCGCCAUUUGCGGCACCAACGGCGUGUGUAACGAGAGGAACGGUUCCUACGCCUGUACCUGCUCUGCCGGCUUCAGCAGGAGCGGUGAUACCUGUAUCGCAUGCGAUUCGAAACAUUUUGGAGCGGAUUGUACCCAAAGCUGUGCAUGUGACUUUACCAGGACGACAUCAUGCAAUCCUCAAAAUGGAACAUGUACGUGCAACCCCGAAUGGACAGGCUCCACUUGUACCGAUAACGUCAACGAAUGCAACAACAGUUCGCCUGUAUGUACCGGAAGCAACGAGCAAUGUCGAGACACCCAGGGGUCAUUUGAGUGCGACUGUACAAGGGGUUACAUCAAAGCUUCCAACAAUACCUGCGUCCCGUGUAACGUUGGUUUCUUUGGUGACGGGUGCUCCACCCAGUGUGAUUGCGUCGCGGGCCAUUUCUCAUCGUGUAACAAUCUGAAUGGGGCGUGCACAUGCAGUGCCGGCUGGAACGACACCAGAUGCGACAACAACAUCAACGAGUGCCUGAACACCGCCACCCCCUUGUGCAACGCCACGUUCUCCACGUGCCGGGACACCAAUGGCUCCUACGCGUGCGACUGCAACACAGGAUACACGGCGACUGGAAAUACAUGCGAAGAUGUCAACGAAUGCAGCAGCAGCAAUGGAAACUGUUCCUAUGAAUGCAACAACACCCCCGGAAGUUACUUCUGCUCAUGCCCAUCGGGUUAUACUGGAACCGGAAAUGCAUGCACAAAGGUUUCCGAAGCCUUUGGUGCCUACGUACGAUUCAAUGUGGACCGAAGCGCCGCUAUCAACCAGGGGCCAACAUCACAGGCAUACAAGGAUCUCGUCGUACAGAUAGAAGCUGCGAUUAAUAGCGUGGCCAAUGCCACUAUCCCUUCAGAGAACUUCGUGCCCGCUAAAGUGUACAACUUGACUAUCGGCAGCGUCAUCGCCUACUCCGAACUCAAUAUCAACCCAACCGCAACAACCAACACCCAGAGUCUUGCGGCGGCCAUUGUCGAAGCCUUAGCCGAUGGCCCCACAGUGACAGUUGGUUCGACCUCCUUUCCUGUUUCAGGCGUCACAUACAAGGGACAAACCAUCCCCGCCUCUGGAAAUGCAUGUGAUACACUGAAGAUAUUGAGAACGUUUGCAAGUGAUGAAUAUUGUGAAGUUGAGAACGGACUGCCAGUUGUCAGAAAGCUACCCGCACAACAGCUGAACGUUCCCCUUAUUGUCGGUCUGACUGUUCCCAUCGCUCUCGUCGUCAUCAUCAUCUUGAUCAUCCUCAUAUACGUCUGCUGUUGCAAAAACAAGCCCACGCCUGUUCGCCGCUUCCUUGUUGAAGAACGUAACAACCAAGCCUUUAGAAGUGCAUUCUCGGGUAAUCUACCAACCAAGGGCAACUUCGGUGCUUCUCGUUACAUGAUGUACUCUCCACACACACUCUCCGAGACCGCGUCCCAGGACAGCGGGGAAAACUUCAGAUAUGGCCGACCAAAGGUUCUGGAAGGACGCUCGGACUUCCAGGAUAUGCCGGGCCCCGAUGACAGAUCGUACCCUUACUCCAGCCCAAGAGACGGAGGCGCUUAUCCAGACACAAGCAGAUCCAACUUUUCAUGGGAAAAUAUGUUCAAUGUAUUGGAGCCUACAAGAAAUGGGCCGUUUGAGGUACCGAGGCCGAAUGUGAACAGUUCACCAAACCGAGUAUACAGGAAUGGAAGACACCGCGAUUCAUUAGCAUAGAAGACAGAAGUUUGUCUAAUUUAUUCCACGAUGGUUAAUAUAUGUCGCAUGUGUCAAAGACAACAGGAAAACGGCAUGGAAGCAAUAUAUUUCUUCUUCGGAAUACAAUUCCAACAUCGUUGUUCGACAAUCAAAAGGAUGAUUACCAAGAGAAAUUUCUUUAAACCCUGUGUGCGGAUAGAUGUCGUUUUUUCAAUUCUGGAUGGCUUAUUGUUUAUCUGGCUACAUGCUUGUGGUUUCAAGAGAGUUCGGCUCUGGCUACCAGCUUGAUGGGACGUGGUAUCUGGAUACCUGCAAUGUGGACUGUUGCUUUUGCUACUGGUGUGAUUGCCCCACGCUCAGCACUGGCAUUGUGAACUGUUAUUCAUAGAUAUAUUACACUGGAUAUAUUACUGUCUCUCGACAUAUAUUGGUAUUAUAUUGAUCUAGCAUGACAAUUCAAAGGUUAAUCCUAUCAGUGCUAUACUUUUAACCAUAUAUAAUAGAACACAAAACACAUCUUCACAUUUUGUGCCAAUCACAGUCAAUAUUUGACUUGUUUAUUAUCAGGAAAAUAAUUGAAAUAGAACCUUGUUGACUUUGGCAACUUCAAAUGUGAAGGUAUGUUUUCAUUUACCGGAUUAUUUUUAAUGAUAUUAACUGUUUCUACCAAUGAUAUGAAACAGUUAGUGAAUGCCUUUUUUAUUGAAAAAAUAUUGCUACACGUGUGCACUAUCCUAUUACAAUGUUAAAUAUAACCUUUAUGAAGCAAUAUUUUAAAAUGAAUGAUAUAUUAUAUACAUUUCAAGCAUAGGUGAUCGUCGUUCCAUAUUCAUGUAAAGUGUAUAUAUUAUAUCAUGUAUAUGAUGAUUUUGUGACAUCUUGUGACGAGAUGGCUAAUGACUUUAUAAUCGCUGAAAUCCUUAUUUUUUGUUAUUUACGUUACAAUUGUACAUAUGUAUUAUAAUACAGUGAUGUUUAUUUUUCUACUUUGAACACUAUUUCAACAAAAUUUGACAUAUAUUUUAUAUGACACACUAUCAUGCGAUUUUCUUCAUUUUACAAAUUAAAAAAAUAAUUUUGUUUUGAUUUUGAAGAGAGUUCCAUAGACAGUGCAGAUUUUGUUUUUAUUGUUUUAAUAAACUUUUUAAAAACUUAAAAAA